AUGGUGGUGUUUCAGCAUUUGCAAAAUGUGAACAGAAAAGCGUACCAUGACAAUACUGGACAUGUCAAUUUUAAAGCUAUGGUAAGUUUUAGAAAUUUAAUUUUACUUUUUUUAAUUUUUUUUUAAUUUGAAGGUGUUUAACCUUGAACAUCUAAAAAUUUUUUGGUUAGGCACAAAAGUAAAGUCAUUUCUAGCAAAAACAUUAAAAUUACAGUGAAACUCCUGUAUAACGAAUUGCCUAGAGAUUUAAGUUUUGUUCGUUAUGAAGCAGUUUCGUUGUUAGUUUCAAGUGCACUGUGUAGUUUUAGCUUAGGAUUUAAAAACUAUUCGUUAUACGGAAAUUUUUGUCAUAGAGAAGCUCGUUAUACAGAAGUUACAAUAUAUUAUUUUAUCGAUUUAAUUUCAGACUUCUAUUAGAGUUCGUGGGAUUCGAAUACUGUCGAAAAUUAACAAAAUCGCUGCAUUUCGUGUUGCUGUUUCGACUAUUGGACUUUACUUUUCACUUAUCUACUUUCCAUCACGGUAAGCGAUGUUUACUACGGUUAUAAGUAUAGUUUGUUAACGUGUAAAUGAUAAAACUGAUUUUAUUUAAAGCGGGAUGACAAGGUGGCUUUGGGAGAAGAGAUUGUGUUGCUGGGUCUGAUAGUAAGAGGCGGAGAAGGCACGACCUUUAUAGAUUGUAAUGAUUUUUAUAACCUUAUAAUAUAAAAAACUUUCAUUUUGAAAGUAUAACUAGUACAAUUGAUAAAAACCGUUGUUUUAGAUGUUUAUUUGAUCACAGCCGAGUUGUGUCACAACUUCAUGAUACUUCAUUUGAGCUGGUCGAAGGUUUACUGCCAAUUUACAUUUGGAAAACGGAAAAUGUUCAAAACCUGUUUUUGUAAGUAUUUCAUGAAACUACAUUUUAUACAAUACCUUUUACGUAAAAAUGCCAAACCACCAUACUCAGUGCCUUGUGACUUUCUUUUUAAACAUUUUUAAGCUUGUAACUACAAAUAGUAAAGUUUUAAACUUGACACGUACUCAUUUUUAGUACGAGGAAGACACACUGUGUAUCAUCGCUUCAAAAUGUAUUUGGCCAAAACUUGAAAGUAGAGAAAGCAAACGGGCAUCAGUACUUUGAACAACUCGAAAAACAAUGGAACAACGUCCUAACAGACAGUUCUCGAGCACCGGCGUUGCACUCAAUGUAG